UAAACGGAAUAUUUGCUUUGAUAGGGUGAAUGAAAAGAAAUGGGGUGAUAAUUGAAGGCAGACUUGGGCUUUUGAUUUUUUUUAACGGGGAUAUUAAGCCAUGUUUGUACACAGAUUUGCAGCUAACAGUGAAGGAGAAAUGAAUGGUACAGAAGACAGACGGACAGUCGCAGGAGGGAAGUUCUUCAGAACCUAAGCAGAUGGAAUGAACUUAGGAAGCAAGGGAAAAGAGGCGGGUACCAGUGAAGUCCCGGAGCUGGAUUUCCUGUUAGAAAAGUAAGCCUUGGGGAGCAAUACUACAAAGAUGCCAUGGAGCAGUGCCAUAAUUACAAUGCCCGCCUCUGUGCAGAGCGCAGCGUACGCUUGCCUUUCUUGGACUCACAGACUGGAGUCGCCCAGAGCAACUGUUAUAUCUGGAUGGAAAAGCGACACCGGGGUCCAGGAUUGGCCUCUGGACAGCUGUACUCCUAUCCUGCGAGGCGCUGGCGGAAAAAACGGCGAGCCCACCCUCCUGAGGAUCCACGACUUUCCUUCCCAUCUAUUAAACCAGACACAGACCAGAACCUAAAGAAGGAGGGGCUGAUCUCUCAGGACGGCAGUAGUUUAGAGGCGCUGUUGCGCACUGAUCCCCUGGAGAAGCGAGGUGCCCCGGAUCCCCGAGUUGAUGAUGACAGCUUGGGCGAAUUUCCUGUGACCAACAGUCGAGCACGGAAGCGGAUCCUAGAACCUGAUGACUUCCUGGAUGACCUCGAUGAUGAGGACUAUGAAGAGGACACGCCUAAGCGUCGGGGCAAGGGGAAAUCCAAGGGUAAGGGUGUGAGCAGUGCCCGUAAGAAGCUGGACGCUUCCAUCCUGGAGGAUCGAGACAAGCCCUAUGCCUGUGACAAUAGUUUCAAACAAAAGCAUACCUCGAAAGCGCCCCAGAGAGUUUGUGGGAAACGAUACAAGAACCGACCAGGCCUCAGUUAUCACUAUGCCCACUCCCACUUGGCUGAGGAGGAGGGCGAGGACAAGGAAGACUCCCAGCCACCCACUCCUGUUUCCCAGAGGUCCGAGGAGCAGAAAUCCAAGAAGGGUCCUGAUGGAUUGGCCUUGCCCAACAACUACUGUGACUUCUGCCUGGGCGACUCAAAGAUCAACAAGAAGACAGGACAGCCAGAGGAGUUGGUGUCCUGUUCUGACUGUGGCCGCUCAGGGCAUCCUUCUUGUCUCCAGUUCACCCCUGUGAUGAUGGCGGCAGUGAAGACGUACCGCUGGCAGUGCAUCGAGUGCAAGUGCUGCAACAUCUGCGGCACCUCCGAGAACGAUGACCAGCUGCUCUUCUGUGAUGACUGUGAUCGUGGCUACCACAUGUACUGUCUUACCCCGUCCAUGUCUGAGCCUCCUGAAGGAAGUUGGAGCUGCCACUUGUGUCUGGACCUGUUGAAGGAGAAAGCUUCCAUCUAUCAGAACCAGAACUCCUCUUGAUGUGGUCACCUCCCUGCUCCCCACAUGUCUAGGCUGUUUCUCUCCUCCACCAUGUUUUUCAUACCCACCUUUCCCUUCCUCCUCCUCUCUUUCACAAGUCCAGAGAAUCUUGGGGUGGUUGUGCCAACCUGCCUUUGGCAGCAGCAAGCUGAGGUGGCAGCUCUGACUGCCUCUAGCCCCAAGCCCUCAGGGAGAAAGGAGCAGCACACUGCCCCAAGGCAUACCUGUGGGCCCAGCUUCUCUCUACUCUCCAUGAAGUGCAUUCACUCUGCUUGCCUUGGGCCCAGGCCCUGGUGAUCACAGGGUUCAAACAGUGUCCUCUGAGAAGGAGUGGGAGAAUAGCUCGCUUCUCUCUCCGUUCUGCCUCCACUCUGGUCUCCAGGCUUUUCCCUUCCCCCAAAGUUGAGCUGGGCCAGGGCUUCUUUGCCAAUAGCAGUGGGGAGUGAGCAAGCUGAGGCCACGCUCGCAAGGAGCUUUCCAUGCCCUUUGUGCUGCUUAGCCUUGCCUUUUCCCAUCAGAGUGACUCUCUGCAGCCCUCUGUUCCCGCUACACAGGGUCCUUUGCCUGAGCCUGGAUGCUCUCAGUCACCCUCCUGGCUCUGCCCUGUCCUGCUCCACCCCACCCACGGGGAGUAGCAGCUUCACCCUAUUCUUCAUGUGCUCUCCUGGCUCACUCUCACGGGCGGUCUCCAGUGACCGAAGCAUUCCCCACCCUUGGAAUUUCCCACCUUCUGCCUCCCUUCCUAUUCCCUUUGGUUUUGUGGGGAGACGGGAAGCAUCAGGGGGCCAGGCCAGCAGCUUGGGGCCACAGGGAGACGUUGGAUAAUGUGCCUGUUUUUUAACAUGAUGAAAAAGCCUACCUCCAAAAUCCCUUUUUGUUCUUCCUGGACCUGGGCAUUCAGCCUCCUGCCCUUAACUGAAUUGGGGGCCUCAGCCUCCUGCCCUGUGUAUCUGGACUCCCAGGUCACAGGAAAGCCACAUAGAUGUCCCUUUCUUCCCUUGCACGCUCGCUAGCAGCUGGUAAGGUCUUCACCCUAAUUCCUCAAGUUUCCUGCUUAGUGGCACUGACAUUAAGUACUGGGGGGCAGUCCAUGCUGAGACACCCUGGAGUGGCCUUCCCCCUUAGCUGUGGGCAGGCCUAACUUGCUGUCGCUUCGGAAUUGAGGUGUCUCUUUUUUCUUUCUUUAGUUCCUGUAUUCUAAACAUUAGUAAAAAUAAACAUUUUUACACAGA